AUGAAAUUCUCAACCUCCAUUCUAUACACAAUUGCAACAGCAUUGUUCUCCGCUUCAACUGUUACUGCAGGCUGCGACUAUAUUGGCGGUAACUACUACUGUAACUCGGUUAGUGCUAUCCAGUACCAAAACUUGGGUUUCCAAGGUUCCUAUAACGAUGUCACCAACAUGGACGAAACUUCCUGCGAGUGUUCCUCUGAAGUCUUCUCUUUCUCUGGUACAAUGGCCCCAUUAGAUGAAGAGUUGUCCGUCCAUUUCAGAGGACCAAUCAAGCUAGCACAGUUUGGUGUUUAUUAUCCAGCGUCUUCCGUCCAAAAGAGAGAAAACAAUGAGGACGACGGAGAUUGUACCACCACCAAGCACGUCCAUCACAAGCAUAAGAGAGCAGCUGCUGUUGAAUAUAAGUAUGUUACUGAAACUGUUUACCAGAAUGCGGACGGUAAUGCAGUCACCUCUUCUGUCGAACAAACUACUGUCGGUGGUCCCGGUGGUGCAACUACUUUAGAAACUCAAAUGGUAGCAACCCCCGCUGCUUCUAACGACGAUUCUGAUGCAGUCACGACCUCUUCGUCAUUGUCUUCUUCCACCUCAAAUGCUGCAUCUUCCACUUCAAGUUCUGCAAGCUCUGAAAGUUCUGCAUCAGUCCAAGGUGACUGGACCAGAUCUUCUUACUUCACUCCUGGUUCUGCAGAUAAUUGUGUCUUUAUGAACAACAUGGGUGGCACUUCAGGCUCUGGUACCUGGUCUUCCUGUUUUGGUAACUCAAUCUCCUUUGCUGCAUCCGACGGUGUUAGUGGUGCGUCAUCCGCUCAAGCUUUAGGAGAUGUCACCCUCUCAUCCAACAAGGAGUUCAUGAUCUUCUCUGGUUCCUCUUGUGAUGCUUCUGGUGGUGAUUGUGGUUAUUAUAGAGACGGUAUCCCAGCUUACCACGGUUUUGGUGGUCAAAACAAGAUCUUUGUUUUUGAAUUCCAAAUGCCAAAGGCAACUGAUGAUGCUACCUUCAACUAUGAUAUGCCAGCCAUCUGGUUAUUGAAUGCCAAGAUCCCAAGAACCUUACAAUACGGUAAUUCAGCUUGCUCUUGUUGGAGUACUGGUUGUGGUGAAUUCGAUGUUUGGGAAAUCUUAUCAUCUGGCUCCGACAAACUAAUCUCCCAUUUACACGAUGGUCAAGGUACCGGUUCCUCAGACUACAUUCCAAGACCUUAUGACUCAACCAUGAAAGGUGCUGUUAUUUUCAAAGACGGUGAUGUUACCAUUGUUACUUUAGAAGAUUCAGUUACUUUUGAUGGUUCUUUAUCCAAUGAUGACAUUGAAAACUGGAUUUCAGGUACUAAAACCACAGUUCAAGUUUCUUAA